GGUGGUAUUGGCGUGACACCAUAUGCAUCGAUACUUACCGAUCUGGUACUCGAUAAGUUAUCCGAUAGGCAUACAGAUAUUAAAUGUAAAAAGGUUUAUUUUGUAUGGGUCUGUGCAACACAUAAGAAUUACGAGUGGUUCAUCGAGGUGCUACGAUCGGUGGAAGAGCUGGACAAGGAGCAUUUACUGGAAAUGCAUAUAUUUGUCACACAGUUCUUCCACAAAUUCGAUCUUCGAACUACCAUGCUUGUACGGUUUCUGUAAAAUUUUCCAUAUUGUGACGGUAGAACUCAGUGAUUUACCCAAUUUCCUGAUCGGGACGUUGCAGGGAUGA